GGCGGCGCGCUUUGAUUGGAGUGUGGGUGGGAAGGAGCAGGCGGGUCCUGUUGGAGUGCGGUUGUCGGGUUGAGGCCGGCCGGGUGCUGACAGGAAGGUUGGGCGAGCACCAGCAGAUGGUGCGAAGAGAGAGCGAGCGAGAAAUUUAAAUAGUGCUGCUGGAGCGGCGAGGGAGCGUCAGAGCCGUCCUCCCACACUCACCGCCCGCACCGCAGGCAGAGUGGUUGCCGGCCGUCGGAGGCCUCUGUGGCGUGGGCAGAGCGCCGGUUCGCUGCCUGGGGACGAUGUCAGCCCUGCUCUGUGCUGAUGCCCUGCUUCGAGGAAGACCGCUGUGGGCCCAGCGCCGACCCCUGGGUAACCGCACCUGAUUUUCGUUCCAGUCUCGCAGACCCGGGCUCCAGCCUUCACGGCCUCUGCCGCUCGCUUUUUGACCAACGCGCCUCUCCCCUGUCUCAUUCCUUCGGGUUGCCAAUUUCUCGGACCGUGACUGGGUAACGGGACGCCUCUGGGGUGAGAGGAGGGGGGGAGGUGGGAAAGAAAGCGGACCGUGGGAGAGACACCGUCCGCCCAUGGCUUUCAUAAUGAAGAAGAAGAAAUUCAAGUUCCAGACGAGCUUCAACCUGGAGGAGUUGGCCGCCGUUCCCUUCGUCAACGGUGUGCUUUUCUGUAAGAUCCGCCUUCUGGAUGGAGGCGAUUUCACCCAACUUUCAUCCAGAGAGGAAGUUCAGGAGAAUUGUGUUCGUUGGAAGAAAAAAUUUUCUUUCAUCUGCAAGAUGAGUGCAAAUCCUGCAACUGGUGUACUAGAUCCUUGCAUUUGCAGAGUAUCUGUACGUAAGGAACUGAAAGGUGGAAAGGCGUACUCUAAGCUUGGGUUUGCUGAUCUCAAUCUGGCGGAGUUUGCAGGGUCAGGCUCCACUGCACGCUGCUGUUUACUAGAGGGUUAUGACACAAAGAAUACUCGGCAGGACAAUUCCAUCCUCAAGGUUACUAUAGGUAUGCAACUGUUGUCAGGAGAUCCCUGCUUCAAAACGCCUGUAUGUACUGCCAAGUCCAUCUCAAUUCCGGGCCAAGAUAGCUCCUUGCAGCUGGACUGUAAAGGAGAUGGGACCACAGGCAAUACUGUUGCCUCAGGGGGCUUGAAUUCAGUGAGACAGCCAAAACCUCGGCCUCCACUCAGCUCAGCCUUGACUGAAGAUGCUGAUCAGACUCCGCCCAGCCCAGAUGAAGUGUUUCAAAUUGGUCAUUCCAGGAAUUCAAGUUAUGCCAGUCAACAUUCUAAAGUAUCAGGUUACAGCACUGAGCACUCCCGGUCCUCUAGUCUCUCAGACCUAACUCACAGGCGGAAUACGUCCAGUAGUAGCAGUGCAUCUGGAGGGCUCAGCAUUACCGUUGAGAGCACAGAAGGAGAGAAGGAACACAAAAUGGAGAAACCACCACGGCCUCCAAGGCCAGCACUCCCUCCUGACAGGCCAUCCAGGUACACAGCUGUUCUGUUUAAAAGAGGUAGUUCCCUAUCUCUGGAUAGUGCACAUCCUGAUAGCAGGACCCAUAGAAGGCGGAAAAAGGAAACGGUGGAAAAUCAGCCCACUUGGGUUGAUGACACCAGAAUUGAUGCAGAUGACAUUGUGGAAAAAAUCGUACAGAGCCAAGACUUCACGGAUGUCAGUAAUGCUGAAGACAGUAAUCUAAGGCUGUUUGUGAGCAGAGAUGGAACAACGGCACUCAGUGGCAUUCAGCUGGGUAACAGGGUAUCAGCGGGUGUCUUUGAGCCUGUUGUUAUUGAGAGCCGUUGAGAAGCUUGUGGGUCGCUCUGAAUCUACUAACCACUUUCCAUUCAAGUUCCAUGUCUACUGCACAUCUAAUCUCAUCACCAAAUCACGCCGCCCACCCGUACAGCUGGACUGGAGGAGAGUGGCUGCUUCUUUCCAAUAUCCCUCAGUAUUGGCAGAUGUUGAUUCACACAGCAUUGGAGUGAUGAGCAUUUGGUUUUGUUGUAAAAUCUAAUGAACCAAUGCUGGAAUUGAAUUUUAGGUAAAACAUUUUUUUGAAGGCCUACUUGAGAAAUCAUUUUAAACAAAGCAUUUAAAUACCAAAGCCAUUUGGCUGUGAUCAUUUGCAAAGGGGAUAGCUUUUUUAUAAUAUGCCGUGGCAUUAAUUCAUGACAAACCAGAGUAUGUAUAAAAGAUCUCUCUCCUGAGAAGUUUGCAGACCAAGGCUGUGAGCAGCAUGUUUGUCCACAAAUCUUUCUUUGACUAUGAUAUUAUUUUUGAAUGCCCUUAAAGAUUCUAAUUGUGCUUGCCCCAGACGUUGGUGUGUGGCAGGAUUGCUAGUUAGGUUUACAUGGACAAACUUGGUUGUGAUUCUGAUCACAAGAAAAGCACACAAAUUUUCCUUUAAUUAAAAAAAAACAGCAUGACAAUUUUUCACAUCAGCUGUCAGGGAAAGGUGGAGCUAUGUUUAAUGAUAACCAUGAUGAUCCAAUUCCAAAUAAAACUCCAAUCAUUCCAAUUCCAAUUGAUGGGUCAACCAUGACGCCACUAGAGUGUACUUAAAAUACUGUGAAGUCUUUGCACUGAGUAUUCGAGUAACCAUUUGGGUGUUGGACUUCUGAAAUAAAGUUACAGGAUGUUAUUUUGUUUCAUUUUGUAGUGACUAUUCUUGUCUUCUGAUAUUUCUUACGCUAGUCAGGGACUCAGCAGCUUUGAGCGGAUAUUUUCUUCUGUUAAAGGGCCAUAUUUCUUUUAGGCAGGGUUAUUCAUCUUUAUUUUUGUUUUAAAUUGUUGCUGAGAGAGGAGAAAAAAAUCAAAUUGUUUUAACCUGUAUUUUAUGAACACUUAAAGGACAAUGGCUGAUUUUAAAUUUUCAAGGAAAAAAUUAUACUUAAGUGGCAUCAAAUGCAAUUACAAUAACCAAAUUUUUAAAAUAUUCGGAGAUAAAAGUAUAUUCAGUAGAGAUAAAUAACAGGUUACUGAACCAGACAUUUGUGAGCUCUAAUAUCACCUUUAAAUUGCGCUCAAAUGUCCAUAAAACCACUGGGCAGUCCUCUUUACUGAAGACAUUUUCUUAAAUCUAUUAUAUUUUGAGCAUGAAUUGCUAUUUUAAAACUGAGAUAAUCCUCAAAGUUUGUUGGUAAGUGUCCUUUAUUACUAGCUUUUAUUUUUGCUUAAAACAGUUCCUUUCCAAAUCAAAAUUAAUGUUUCAGGAUUGAUUCUGGAUCAGUAGAAUGAAAUUAACUACCCUAUUAAUAUGAGACCAAGUUAAAGCAAUGUUACAGAAUUCUGCUGCGUGGCAUUAAUAAUUGUGUUACCUAUAACACUGCUGCUGGGGAACUUCAUUCUUGCCAGUACAAAUAUCUAGUGAUGAAAAUUUGAUGUCCCAGUACUGCAGUACAUCCCCAUUAUCUACUGUUUAACUCUGGUAGACUGAGUGAAUAUUCUUGUUCUUGGAUUUUGCAGUUCUGAGCCAGUUUGCUGUCAUCAGCAUUGUUGCCUCUGGAACAAAUGACUCCAUUUAUGUCUAGAAGCUUUGGCUCUUUUGUGAUGUCAUUUUCUGCUCCUGAAUAUCUUGGCAUUUGUUAGCUAUGCACUUUGAGGAUUUGAACACUCUCUGCACCAUUCACGUCGUCUUGCUAUUGCAUGUCAUCUGUGAAUAUUGUGGCUUGAUUGACGUACUGUGAAUGGUUAACGUAUAUGAUUUGUAUCUGUGGUAUAUUGAGGCCUAGAACACAAGGCUACAAUGAAUAUGUCCUGAUUCUUUAAUACUGUUUUAAGAACUGCUCUGUAAUAACUAGUAUAAGAAAACACAUUAGCUUGUUACCUAUAAAUGCACAAUAAAAAUUAACAUUUUACCUGCUGAGACAUUUAAGUAACAUAUGCCGCAGGUUCACAGAUGAUUAAAUAUACUUUCUAAGUCUGCAUAUUUGUUUAAAUAAUCUUUUUGGAAUAGCUCUUUAGCCACAGCAAAGGUUCUCUAAGCAGUAAAAGAAUGCCCAUUUGGCCAGCAUGCACAUAUAAUAAAGGUUUUUAAAAAAAAAGGUGCCAUUUGAUAAUGGUGUUGCUGCUGGUAAGCCAGUCACCAUAUCAAGUUCCACCUCAAACAAAAAUGGCUUCUAGAUAUUCACAUUCCAUGAUGAAGUUAAGCAUGCUUAUCUGCAGAGUGGAACUUCGAAGAGUACUUGUAUUUUUGUUUCCACUGCUGAGAUGGAGAAUUAUUGAAACAUUAGAUAAUAUUUAUAUUGUGCAAAUUUAAACCAGGAUUUUUUUGAUUACCCGAAUAUGUUGAUCAUUAGACCUUCACAGGCAAAAAAAAACACAAGCUGAAUUCAAACUUGAAAGUAGGGUCAUCCAGAUUAGUAAGAGUUUUAGGAACCCACUUUCUCUAAGCAAAAUGAUUCAAGAAAAUCUGAAUGGCUUCUGAUGCAUCCAGUUGUACAGCUAUAGGCUUUAGCUGCAUUUAGUUCAAGGUUAUGGGUUAUGUAAUAGAAAAAGGAAUAAGUUUGGCAUAAAUAAAUCUUUAAUACCUUUAUUAUUUGGAUUGAAUUGUACAUUCACACCUAUUUUGCAUCUUGAUGCCAUUGGUUCUUUAGCUAUCGCCAUCUCCUCCAUGCCCUCUCCCAUUGUUCCCACCCUUCUCCAAUACAUCCAAUUUGCAUUUUACUGGGAGGACACUUUCAAUGUGCAUAAUUAAUGGACUAAUCCUCUGCAGCAUUUAAAGUUCAUGGAUGUUAAAGUUCAUAGAGAAGGGGAUGAAUUAAACACCUUUCAAAGCAACAACAUUGUUCCAUGCCCUACACAAUAUAGGUCAAUAGAUAUGCUUAAUCUUAGCAUUAAGUGUGUUUUACAAGUACACUCCAUACAAAAUUAUUUUUACUUAAUUUUUUGAUGGGGAUCUGGAUGAUGCAGGCAAGUCCAGCAUUUAUUUUCAAUUCCCCAUUCUUUAUUGCUCUUCAGAAGAUGUGGAGCUGUUAUCUUUCAUAACCACUGCUGGUGAUGGUAUUCACAAAUAGCUGUUAGGGAAGGAAUUCCAGGAGUUGGACUACGUGGCAAUAAUGGAACAGUGCUUUUCCUGAUCAAGAACGUGUGUGUCAUGGAGGGGGAACAUGCAACUCAUGGUGCUCUUCUGCACUUGUUGCCCUUGCUCUUCUUGAUGGUAGAGCUCACGGGUUUGGAAGGUGCUUUUGGUGUGACCAAGGCAAAUGACUGCAAUGCAUUUUGUACAUUAGUACACACUGCAGCUUCUGUUCACAGCUUGUAAAGGGAACGAAUGUUGAGGAUGGAGGAUAAGGCACCAAUCAAGUGAACUACUUUGUCCUGGAUGGUGUUGGGCUCUUUGCAAAUUGUUGGAGCUGUCUUCAUCUAUGUAAAUAGAGAAUAUUCCAUUUAUGUGCCUUGUAGAUAGUGAAAAGGAUUGAGUGUUACAGGAAAUCAUUCACUGUAGGUUAUCUGGUGUCUGACCAAUUCUUGUGGCUCCUUUAUUUGGGUAACUGGGCCAUUUGCUUUUCUGGUCAUUGGUGACUUCCAGGAUGUUGAUGGUAGGGAUCUCAGUGAAGAUAAUGGACAUGAAGGAGAAAUUAUUAGUAUUUCCUUUUGCAGGUCACUGCUGGGCUCCUGUGUUGGGUGAAUAUUACUUGCCACUUUAUCAAUCCUUGCCUGGUAUGUCUGCAGGCAUUGAUCGUUUGAUUUGCUGAGUUGUGAAUGGAAUUGAAUAUCAGCAAAAUAUCUCCACUUUUACCCUUAUGAUGGAAGCAAGAUCACUGAAGCUGAAGAUGGUUAGGUUUAGGAUGUGGCUCUGAGGAGCUCCUGUAUUAGUGAUUUAGACUUCAACAACCACAACCAUCUUCCUUUUUGCAAAAUAUGACUGCAGUCAUUGGAGAUUUCCCCCUUGGUGCCAUUCACUUCAGCUUUACUAAGGUAACUUGGUGAAAUGCUGCUUGAUGUGAGGGAGUCACUUUCAUAUCUGGAAUUUUUUGGUUCCUGUUGAGGCCAUGUAUUGAGAUGUCAGGUCAAGUAGUCCUGGUGGAAUCUAAUCUGGGCAAUGGUGUGGAUUUUCCUGAAUAAAUGCCACUUGAUGGCGUCAUAACCAAUACUGUCAUUGAUUGAGAGUAGACCGAAUGGGUGAUGAUUAGCCAGAGGGCGUUGUCCUUUACUUUGUGAACAGGACAUACCCGGACAGUUUUUGUCAGGUAAGUUCCUGUAUUGUGACUUUUCUGAAAUAGCUAGGCUUAAAGCACAGCUGGUUCUGAAAUGCUUGUCCAAUAAAAGCUAUAGAUUUGAUACCCAAUUUUUCUAGUUAGUUCUCCAUUGUUUAUUGCUGAUAAUUUGACAAAAAUGAUAGUGAAUAAAUAAGAUAGUUAAAGAAAAAUAUUAAAUACUUUGUGUGCUGGUAUUUUUUUGUCCUCUGAGUUUUACUAAUAAAAAGUGGCCACCAGCAACAAUAUCCUUACAGUCAUGGAAAAUGGCCAGCAAUUUCUAGACAUUCGGUAUUUCAGGAAUUGAUCUCUGUAUCAUUUAGUUUUGUGUCACAUGUCUAGAUGGAGAUCUAAAGUAGAUUUCUAACUUCCUAAUCUUCCAAUUUUGAAUCGGGGCUCUUCAGUAUAUGCUAAUAGACAAGUAGCAGUAUUCAAUAGAAAACCUUGUGUAAUUCCUUGUGCAUGAAAGGAAUUGCAUGUAUACAAGUGUGAGUACUUGUCUAAUAUACAGCCCUUCCUCUUAUUCCUGGAUCAAGAGAAAUUAAACUUUUUGGAUGCUGUUGAAAUGCAAUUUUCUGCAUCAACAAAACUAACAGAUCAGUUUCAAAUUAGAACCUCUUGCUUUUGUGUUUUAAUAACUUCUGAUUGUUGGAGGUUAGGAUAUUCUUUUAAUCAGAGUUUAAAGUAAAUUAUUUUCUAAUGAAACACAUUUUUCCCCAAGCACUUUUUUUUGUUCUACUUGCUGAUUUAGGAGGUAGGAUCACAAAUGACUGUCAGGCUCACAGUGAAGUAACUUUAACUCUUGCAGUGCUUAGAAUGAAGUAAUUCCAAAUCGCAUUGUCGCUGAUUCUGAGCUCUGCUUGUGCUGUGGCUUGAUGUUGCCAAUAAAAUACCCAAUUAUAUUCAACCAAAGCUAACUAUUGAUAACUGAUGUAGAGCACCAGCCUUUUAAUUAUUUUAUCUUAGAACCUCUCCAACCAUUUUCAUUACAAUUUAGAUUUUUCCUGCUUUUUUUGUGUUGUUCUUUGGUUGAAAAGUUGAUGGGUGACCUUGACCAAUUCUCUUAUUAUCUUCCCCUGUGCAAACUCUGUGAUACCAUCACAGCACGAUAAAGUACAAAGCCAUCUCUGAAAUCCUUGUGUGAUCAGGCAAGCUAGGGAUCAAGGAAGUCAGACCUACAAAGCAAAUCCGCAAUGCAAGUUGCACUUGCUUAAAAACCACGUAACAAUGUUGACUUCAAAGGGAAGGCAAGACAUUUUAGUUAAAACAAAAUUCAACACAUGGGGUUUCCUGUUAAUGAAGAUGAUGCAUUGCACCAACAAAUGUAAGUCCCCAAAAGGCUAUAUUCACUCAAAAAAAAACUUAGCUUUUGAAUAUGGUAUGUGAUUUUUUGUUUUGCUUUAUCCAGUCCAUGAUUAAGAUACUGUAUUAGCUAUUAAGAUACUGUAUUAGCUAUUAAUCCAUUUUAGAGCUCAGGUGUACUGCUUUUUACAACUUACUUUGCCAAUCAGACUUUUUUGUUACUGUUUAGUGAUUGCCUUUUAUAUGUGAAACUGUGUCCAAUUUUGACCACUGUUGUAGGAACUUUUUUUUGUAUUACAGUACUUAUAACCAGCAGGCUGGUUGUAUCCUUUUUUGCCAUAAUUAGUUGCUUGCCUAAAAUCAAGGGCAUCUCCCUGUGACAUUUUUUAAAAGAAUGUUUAGAACAUUGCAUUUAAGUGAUUAUGUUUCUGAUUUUUUUGUUGUAAAAGGCAGCAUUUUUUUGGUAUUAUAGUGAAUGAGAAUUUAUACUGGACUGUUGUAACCUCCUCUGACUAAAGAUGAUUGGAUAAUGGAGUGCCAUCUAGCCACACUGAAGGCAGUCUCUGCCCAUUUAGGAUAAUAAUGAAUCAUUGAGGCCCUCUUUAAUUUCUAUGGUACAUCAAAGCAAUUAACACAAUAUUGAUAAAUGUAGCAAAUAUUUUCUAUACCACUUCAAGAUACUGCAGCAACAAUUAAAGCAAUUAAUUAAAAUGUUGGUUCCAAUUAAAUGCACUAAUAAUACAAUGCUUUCUAUGGACAAAUUGCGCUAUUUGGAUUGGGAAGGGUUGGGUAGGCAACACAUUGAGAUGCAAGUAAUAAAUCCAAAACAAACUUAAGACAUUAAACUUUUUUGAUCCUGUAACUUUCUAGUACCUUCACCUCUUUGAAGCUGGAUUACUGUGAUCAACAGGAUGGUUAUGAUGCAUUUCCUUUCCAUGUAACAAGUAGUCUGUAGAUCUGUUACUGUGCAGCAAAAUUUCAUAACUGAAUAUUUUACAAAUUAGUAAAAUGUGGGUCCAACAUGUGAACAUUUGCUUCAUACUAAAGAGAUAUUUUGAUUGUCCUUUGUUUCAAACUAAUUUGUGCAGCUAGAGUUGGUAAGUUGUGUGCUACUGUGAGGGAGAUGUUUUCAGAUACGUGUUUCAUUAAUAAAGAAUAAAAGUAAUUUGAAGCAGGUUUUUUAAAAAAAAAACAGUUAAAGGGGGAUUCCAUUAUAAACCAACAGGCUAAUUGUUGUGAAAUGGCUCAGUACCAGGCAUCUUGCUCUCAAAGGAAGAAGUGAGGGAAGAAUUGAAAUCCACUGUAUGCUUCAUAAACCACUGUUGAUCUGUGUUCUGGAGGCAUGUUAGUUAUUUAAAGGCAUAGAACAGGUUUACUGAUUACAAAAUCAACAGCGGAUGUUUUAUUUCAAAAGCUGGUUAUUGAGUGCACUGCUUUACAUUGGCUAUUUAAUUCAUCUGAGUUCUGCUUGUUAGUCGAUUGCCUUAAGAUUCAAUAGUACAUAUGAGAGAAAUGACGUACUUUGUGGAUUCUAAAACUAAUGAGCAACAUUAAAAUUGGUCUGUUUUCAAAAUUAGUUUUUAUUUACUUUUUUAAUUUAAUCAUAAAUGCCAUGACACAAACCCAGUAGGGCUUCCAAAAGGGUUGUUGAUGUACCUGUACCUGUUGGGGUAGAACAUUAAAAAAGAUAAAAAUAAAUUUAUCAACUCUUUAACCAGCUGUCUUUGGGGCAAAUUAUGUGUGGCUAUCUGGCACUCCACUUGUCGUAAGUGAUGGUGUAUAUUUCAGAAUGGGACUUGAAGCUAUGCAUUGGGAGUCCAGGCCCUUCAAUAGACGAAUUUAACAUUUUCUGAAAUGACCUAACUCUCAACUAAAGUUGAAUGAUGACAAAAGAGUUCUAUGAUUUUGCUUAAAAAGGUGUAACAGAAUGUAUUCCAAAUGAUAUAUUUAGACACUUAUUUUUGUGAUUCAAUGGAGGUGGGUGUACAGGUUUCUUAAAUGCCCAGAGGAUGUGGAAUUUAUAGAAAUGUUUAUCAGCUGGAAUAUUGUAUAACAUUUAGAUAUGUUUAGAAUGCACAAUGUACUGUAAUUGGUUAAAAGAUAUUUGUAUUAAGGUUAUUUGUUUCAUAUUUUAAAGUGUAACUAUAGGACAGUAUCAUGUAAUACUGUGUUUCUGGGAAAUGAUAUUGGGUACCCGUAUUAACAAUAAAAGCUGUUAUUUUGUGUUUAGCAUUAAGAAUUUUUACUUUAACCAAACAGUUGCCAGGGUUUUUAUCUAGUCUCCCAGGAGAAUAUGCCUGGGAGAAUGUUCAAAAUAUGUUUUAUCAAGGAAUCAUUGAAUAGAACAGGCUGAAUUUCCCAAAGGGACUUGCCUAUUGCUUUUGUUUCUAGUUUUACAACUUCCUUGUCUCUUGUUAUGAUUGUGUGGAUGUGAUCAUCUACAGGGCGGCAGUGGGCCACCUGUUGUCAUUUUAGUCAGCAGUUGAGGUCUACACUGGGACAUUGAGCAAGUUUCCAGAUUUCUUGAGACUGAAAGAUAGUUUUCAGCUCAAGAUUACCUGUCAUUGAUAAAUUUAGUACGAGUAGAUUUCUUACAGUAUAUUGUAGCUAAAGCAUUCUUGGUUGUACAGUUCAACAAUCAGGCAUUUUCACAAAUUUCAGAAACUAAGCAUUUCAGAAUAUUUCAACAUACAAACCCAUUCGUUAUGUCAUACCUGCACUGGCUCUUUGGUAAAGCUAUCUGACUUGCCUUCCAAUGCUCUUCAUUGUCUAGUAAAAUUUCAAAGGAUUGAAA